AUGUCUCAAAAGAAAACCUUUGACACCGGAGGCAUUCCUGAACGACUCUUACAGUGGGUGCUGGAGGGUUUAAGAGAUGGGACAAGAAAAGAUGAAGGCAAUAUUGAUGGGUGCAUGUCAAUGGAAUAUGAAGAUGAUGAUGAUAAUCAGGUGGAAGAAUCAGAAGAACGUGAGGAGGAUGACCGUGACGUUGACCCAGGUUAUGAACCCCACAGUAAAGAAUUGAAGGAGGUGGAAACAUCGGAAGAACGUAAGGAGGACGACCGUGACGUUGACCCAGGUUAUGAACCUCACAGUAAAGAAUUGAAGGAGGUGGAAACAUCGGAAGAAAGUGAGGAGAAUGACAUUGACGCUGACCCAGGUUAUGACCCCCACAGUAAAGAAUUGAAGGAGGUGGAAAUAUCAGAAGAACGUAAGGAGGAUGACCGUGAUGUUGACCCAGGUUAUGAACCUCACAGUAAAGAAUUGAAGGAGGUGGAAACAUCAGAAGAACGUAAGAAGGAUGACCGUGACGUUGACCCAGGUUAUGAACCCCACAGUAAAGAAUUGCAGGAGGUGGAAACAUCGGAAGAAAGUGAGGAGAAUGACAUUGACGCUGACCCAGGUUAUGACCCCCACAGUAAAGAAUUGAAGGAGGUGGAAAUAUCAGAAGAACGUAAGGAGGAUGACCGUGAUGUUGACCCAGGUUAUGAACCUCACAGUAAAGAAUUGAAUAAAGAAUUGAAGGAGGUGGAAACAUCGGAAGAAAGUGAGGAGAAUGACAUUGACGCUGACCUAGGUUAUGAACCCCACAGUAAAGAAUUGAAGGAGGUGGAAACAUCGGAAGAAUGUAAGGAGGAUGACUGUGAUGUUGACCAAGGUUAUGAACCUCACAGUAAAGAAUUGAAUAAAGAAUUGAAGGAGGUGGAAACAUCGGAAGAAAGUGAGGAGAAUGACAUUGACGCUGACCCAGGUUAUGACCCCCACAGUAAAGAAUUGAAGGAGGUGGAAACAUCGGAAGAACGUAAGGAGGAUGACCGUGGUGUUGACCAAGGUUAUGAACCUCACAGUAAAGAAUUGAAUAAAGAAUUGAAGGAGGUGGAAACAUCGGAAGAACGUAAGGAGGAUGACCUCGACGCUGACCCAGGUUAUGAACCCCACAGUAAAGAAUUCAAUGAAGUGGAAGAAUCGACUGAAAUUAUUCCAGGCAGUGCAGAUGAAUCUGACAAUUCUGACAUUUAUCCAGCAUUGAAGUCACAACCGAUCAUCUUCCAAUCACAGCCAAUGGGAAACAAGAAAGCAAAGAAGAGAAAAAUCGAGGAAGAUGAGGAUGAAAAUCAGAUUUUGGAUGAAAGCGAAAUUGCAAGAGAUCUGAAGAAUCCCAAAAUUUACAUCAGACUGUUUGAGAAAAACUCGCACACAAUCAAAGGGAAACGGAAGAAAUCGGACCGAGUGUACAAUUCAGCUCACCCAUGUCCUCUUUGUGACAAGUGUGUCACAAAUUUUUCACACCACAUUCUUUCUAAACAGCAUGAAAACGAAGAUGAGGUCCUAGAACUAGGUGACAAUCCAGCAGAAAGAAAACGGAAAAUCCAGCUGCUACGUUUGAAAGGUUCACAUGUCCACAACGUUAAAGUCCUCCAAAAAAAAAAGCGGGGAAGUCUUUAUGUUGAGGAGAUCAUGCACAGUGGCCAAUAA